AUGCGCAUUUUAUACAAAGCCGUACUGGUGGCUUCCUUUCUUACAUUCACCUCGUGUCAGUCGACACGCCAGAAUAACAUCGAGAAUAGAGGCCGAAGUCGCACAACAGCAGCCAGUGAUGUCGGUCAAGGAAGGACCUUAGGUUUAAUCAGGCCACUUAUCGGUGGUUUAGUUCGUGGGCGUCCGCUACCACUUGGCAGCCUUGGCAGUGGUGCGCUGCAGUCAGAUCCUCUCUACGAUGGUGGCUACCCCAGUUACGGUGGUAUUUAUGGCGGUUAUGGUGGGAUCCCAAUUUAUGGCGGUUAUCCAGGCAUUUUUGGCGGUUACGGUCCAUACGCCUACCGUCCACCCCCCUAUUACCCUCUUUAUGGUGGCUACAAUCCCUAUGCGGGUUAUCAACGUCCAUCUUAUGGCUCAUAUGGUGGUGGGCUAAAUGGUUUGAGACCAUCUUCAUCAUCAGGCGGAAUAGCAUCAACAUUAGGCAGCGGUGCGGGUGCGGCCUCAACAACCAGUCAAGCGCAACUCGCCAAUCAGCUUGGACAAGCGUUGGGCGCUAGUUUACGUCCAUUACUAGCGGCCGGCGGUGGCGCUAGCGGAGUCAGUGGCGCUGGUGGUGCGGGUGGGCUGGCGAGUCUAUUGGGGCUGUUGGGUUGA